GAUUUACUUUUGGUCGUUUGCGAUGCGAUUGCGUAAAUUCGGACCCGAUUCGGCGAUUCCCACUCUCCAGCUGUCCUUCUCUUUCGAUUAUAGCCUGCAAAAAAAGUCAUCUGCUUCCCCCAUUUCUUGCUUCUGCUUCUUCACUGUCCUCCAAGCUGCUGUUUUUUUUUUCAACCCAUUUUUAAUGCGUUGACGAUUUGGAUCUCUGGUUACAGUUUGGCGUCCUGCAAUCCACGUUUUGUUUGUUGGUUCUGUUCCUUUUGAUUUUCACCACUUGAUUCCAAAUGGGUGUCUGGUUCCAGGGCUUUUGAUUCGAAUUUCUCAACAGCCAUUUCGGAAGCUUUGCUUGUUUGAUGAAAAAAUUGUGACUUGGGACUUCUAUGUUGUUUGGUUGCUUUACGAGGGUGUUUCUUAGUUGAUGGAGAAGGAUAAACCCCAAAGCCAUUCUGGAGGAUUUCUGCCCCCAUCGAGUCGUUACUCGGGUCUUUCACCAACUGGGAGUAGUUUCAAUGGAAAAUCUGAGGCAGCUACCUCUUCAAUGUCGUUCCCUCCAAUGGCUCCGAGUGCUAAUUCCGAUUCGGGUCAAUUUGGUCGUGGAAUGUCCAGCGAUUCCAAUCGGUUCAGCCAUGAUAUCAGUCGGAUGCCUGAUAACCCACCGAGAAAUAUUGGUCACAGACGUGCCCAUUCAGAAAUAUUGACACUUCCCGAUGAUAUUUGCUUUGACAGUGACCUUGGUGUCGUUGGCGGUGCUGAUGGGCCUUCUUUUUCUGAUGAUACUGAGGAAGAUUUGUUUUCCAUGUACCUUGACAUGGAUAAAUUCAAUUCUUCCACUGCUACCUCUGCAGUACAAGUCGGGGAGUCAUCCUCCGGUGUUGUAGAAGCGAGAUCAACACAUGCUUCAGGAAUUGGAGCAGCAACUUCUAAAGAUGAUGCCUCUGUUGGUUUGAAGGAGAGGCCGAGAGUCAGGCACCAGCACAGCCAGUCCAUGGAUGGCUUGACAACCAUCAAACCUGAGAUGCUUGUCUCAGGGUCUGAAGAAGUAUCUGCAGCUGAUGCCAAGAAAGCCAUGUCAGCUACAAAGCUUGCUGAACUUGCUCUAAUAGACCCCAAACGAGCAAAGAGGAUAUGGGCAAAUAGACAGUCAGCUGCUAGGUCGAAGGAAAGAAAGAUGCGGUACAUUGCUGAGCUUGAACGGAAAGUUCAGACUCUGCAAACAGAGGCAACUUCUUUAUCUGCUCAGUUAACCCUGUUACAGAGAGACACGAAUGGUCUUUCUGCUGAGAACAGCGAACUAAAGUUGCGGUUGCAGACAAUGGAGCAGCAGGUUCACCUGCAAGAUGCUUUAAAUGAAGCUCUGAAAGAGGAAAUCCAGCAUUUGAAAGUAUUGACUGGCCAACCAAUCCCAAAUGGUGGAUCAAUGACAAGCUUUGCUUCAUAUGGAACUAGCCAACAACAACAAUUCUACCAAAACAAUCAAGCAGUACACACUUUGUUAACUGCUCAACAGUUUCAGCAACUUCAAAUCCACUCACAGCAGCAGCAGCAGCAGAAUUUUCAGUAUCAUCAGCUGCAUCAGCUUCAGCAGCAACCGACCGGAGACAUAAAAAUGAAAGGGUCGGUUUCUUCUCCGAGCCUGAAAGACAACAACACAUCAGAUACGUCCUCUACCGCUUGUUGAAAGAGAAGGCCUAGUGAACCUACUUGUUGUCACAAAUAGUUUAUCUAAUACAUAGAAGAAGAGAUGAGCCACUGUUCAAAACCAUCAUGGUUUAGCUUUCAAAAUUUUAGUUGCAUUUGAUAUCCAAAUACCACAUUUCUCAAGACUCCUCCUCCCCACAAGCAUAUUGUUUGCUUUCCUGUAUCUGUUAACUUCUGUAUAAUGUUCAUUGUUCUAGAUAGAGAAGUUGUAGUUCAUUUGUUGUUAGAUUGUGGAUAUAACAGUUUCUCAGUCGAUUCAGAUGUUUGUUUUCUCUUUCUCGAGAUUUUGUUAUCCUUAAACAUCGUUCUUAAUAUAAGAUCAGAGAUACCCUUUCA